AUGGGGUUUGGUGGUGGGCUGAAGAUGCUGUUAUGGGCUGUUCUACUAAUGUUCUGCUGUAUCCAACACAAAGUUUCUUGCACAGAAGGAGUAUCUGGAAAGGUGACCAUUAUCCCACCAUUGCCAACAGCACCAGUUAUAAAAUCCUUCAACCCGGCUCACAAUGGGCAGGUCUGUAGCACCUGGGGCCACUUUCACUUCAAGACAUUUGAUGGGGACAUCUAUAAUUUCCCUGGGACCUGCAACUAUAUCUUUGCCUCACAUUGCAAAGCUGCAUUUGAGGACUUUAACAUCCAGAUCAGGCGUUCCGGGGUAGGAAGCGCUAUUGCUAUCAGCUAUAUCACCAUUCGGAUAAAUGGAGUGGACAUUAAACUGGAAAAGAAUCUCAUCUUGGUGAACAGUGAAAGGGUUGAGCUGCCUUACAGUGGAUCUGGAUUUAGCAUUGAGAAAUCUACCAUGUAUAUUGAAGUGACCGUCAAGCUGAGCCUAAGCUUAUGGUGGAAUGAAAAUGACAGCAUCAUGCUGGAACUGGAUAAAAAAUAUAGCAAUAUGACCUGUGGGCUUUGUGGUGAUUUUAAUGGUAUUCCCACUUACAAUGAAUUCUUUUCAAACGAUGUCCGCAUGACUCCCUUGCAGUUUGGGAAUACACAGAAACUAAAUGGACCCACGGAAGACUGUGAGGAUCCUGUAGUGCCCUCUCAGAACAACUGUACUUUUGUAACUAGUAUCUGCCAAGAGAUACUGAUUGGAUCUGCGUUCUCUCAAUGCAAUUCUGUGGUGGAGGUGAAUGACUACAUUGAGACCUGUGAACAUGAUUUGUGUCACUGUGACAAUCCUGAAAGAUUAUCCUGUGCCUGUAACACCCUUGCUGAAUACUCCCGGCAGUGUGCUCAUGCUGGCGGGCAGCCUCAGAACUGGAGAACAGAGACACUGUGCCCAAUGUCAUGCCCUUUCAACAUGCAAUAUCAAGAAUGUGGAUCACCCUGUGAGGACACUUGCACCAAUGCUGAAAGAUCUCAGCUCUGUGAAGACCACUGUGUAGAUGGCUGCUUCUGUCCACCAGAAACUGUGUAUGAUGACAUCAGUGGCUCGGGCUGCGUCCCCCAUGAGCAGUGCUCCUGCAUUCACAAUGGCAAAACUUACUCUCCAGGGGCAACUUAUUCAGACCACUGCACUUCCUGUUCCUGCACUGGAGGCCAGUGGAACUGCACAGAGUUCCCAUGUCCUGGCAUUUGCUCAGUAGAGGGUGGAUCACACCUCUCCACUUAUGAUGGAAAACGUUAUGAUGUCUUCGGAGACUGUACUUACGUUCUCUCUAAGCUUUGUGAAGAAGACACAUUUACUGUUCUUGGAGAGCUCCACAGAUGUGGCCUAACAGAGACUGAGACAUGCUUAAAGAUGGUAGCCCUUGAUAUCAACGGAGGCCAGACUAUCAUUGUGAUCAGCCCUAACGGUGAUGUAUUUUUUAACUGGCUCUAUACUCAGCUGCCUAUCUCAGCAGCUAAUGUAACCAUCUUCAAACCAUCAAAUUUCUUCCUUAUUGUGGACUCAAACUUUGGACUUCAACUAGUGAUCCAGCUCAUCCCCUUGAUGCAAUUGUAUAUUCAUCUGGAUCCAUCUUUCAAACAGAAGACCUGUGGCCUUUGUGGAAACUUUGACAACCGCCAGAGCAAUGACUUCAAAGCUGUAAGUGGAGUGGUAGAAGCAACAGCACCGGCAUUUGCCAACACUUGGAAAACUCAGGCUGCAUGUCCCAACAUCAAGCAAAAUUUUGAGGACCCGUGCACACUGAGCAUUGAAAAUGAAAAAUAUGCCCGUCACUGGUGUGGAUUGCUGAUUGCCUCUGAAGGACCUUUCGCCAAAUGCCACCCUUCAGUGAAUCCAGCUUCUUAUCAUAAGAAUUGCAUGUUUGACACGUGCAACUGCGAGAGGAGUGAGGACUGCAUGUGCGCAGCCCUAUCUGCAUAUGUCAGAGCCUGUGCAGCCAGAGGAGUGGAACUCCCAGGAUGGAGGACCAACGUCUGUUCAAAAUACACCACUUCGUGCCCCAGAUCCCUGAAUUACAGUUAUUCCAUCAGUUCCUGUCAAACCACUUGCCGAUCGCUGAGUGAACCUGAUGUCACCUGCAGUAUCAAAUUUGUCCCAGUUGAUGGAUGUGCAUGUGAAAGUGGAACCUACAUGGAUGAUUCUGGGGAAUGUGUGCCUGCUAACAAAUGCCCCUGUUAUUACAAAGGAACACCUGUACUCUCUGGUGAAGUUCUCCAUGACCACGGUGCUAUGUGCACUUGUAGCCAAGGAAAGUUGAACUGCAUUGGUAGUGGAGACUCAAAGCCAGUGUGUGCUGCCCCCAUGGUCUACUUUGACUGCAGAAACGCCAGCGCAGGCAGCACUGGAGCCGAAUGCCAGAAGAGCUGUCAGACUCUUGAUAUGCAUUGUUAUACCACACAGUGUAUCUCUGGCUGCAUGUGUCCCUCUGGGUUGGUUUCAGAUGGUAAAGGUGGCUGCAUUGCUAAGGAAGAGUGUCCAUGUAUUCACAACGAUGCCACUUAUAAGCCAGGAGAAAAGAUCAAAGUUGACUGUAACACCUGUGUAUGUAAGAACAGGAUGUGGGAAUGCACGAAGGACAAGUGCCUAGGUACCUGUGCUGUUUAUGGAGAUGGACACUAUAUCACCUUUGAUGACAAGCGUUAUAUUUUCAAUGGGAAGUGUGAAUAUACACUGCUGCAGAAUUACUGUGGACAGAACAGCUCUGCCCAAGGAACAUUCCGAAUAAUCACUGAAAACAUUCCCUGUGGCACAACUGGAACCACUUGUUCAAAAUCAAUUAAAGUGUUCUUUGAUAACUAUGAACUGAUACUCAGUGAGGAACACCAUGAAGUGGUACAAAGGAGUAAUGGGACCAGCCUCCCCUUCAGUAUUCGCAACAUGGGCAUCUUUUUGGUUAUUGAGACCAGAGAUGGGCUGAUCCUCUUAUGGGACAAGAAGACCAGCAUAUCUAUCAAAUUGAGCGCUCAUUUCAAGGGUCAUGUCUGUGGCUUAUGUGGGAACUAUGAUGGCAAUGGAAUUAAUGACUUUACAACCCGGAGUAAGUCUGUAGUAGGUGAUGUGCUAGAAUUUGGAAACAGUUGGAAGGUAUCUCCUACAUGCCCCGAUGCCAAAUGUGUAAAGGACCCCUGCUCCAAGAACCCUUACAGAAAGUCCUGGUCACAGAAGCAAUGCAGUAUCAUCAACAGCAAGGUCUUUGCUGCCUGCCAUUCUCAGGUGGAGCCAACUAAAUAUUAUGAAGCAUGUGUGAUUGAUGCCUGUGCUUGUGACACUGGAGGAGACUGUGAAUGUUUCUGUACAGCUGUGGCUGCCUAUGCCCAAGCAUGCAGUGAAUCUGGAGUGUGCAUCUCAUGGAGAUCACCAUCAGUCUGUCCAAUGUUCUGUGACUAUUACAAUACUGAAAGUGAAUGUGAUUGGCACUACAAGCCUUGUGGAGCACCAUGCAUGAAAACGUGUAGGAACCCCAGUGGGAGAUGCCUUUAUCAUUUACCGGGCUUGGAAGGCUGCUAUCCAUACUGUCCAGCAAAUAAGCCUUAUUUUAAUGAGGAUGAGAUGGAAUGUGUUGAUGUUUGUGGCUGUUACGAUGCACAGGGUAACUACCAUCCACCAGGGAAAACCUUUGACUCAGGAGAGACAUGCCAGUCAUGUGAAUGCACCAGUAAAGGCAUCGAGUGUAGCUAUGAUCCUAAAGCAUGCUACUGUUAUUAUGAAGGAAAGACCUAUAGCUACAAUGAGGUCAUCUACAACACCACAGAUGGUUUGGGCUGGUGUAUAAUUGCAGUCUGUGGUAUUAAUGGAACCAUCCAAAGGAAUAUCAACAAAUGUGCUGGAAUUGUAUCAACAACACCAUUUAUCUUUUCUACCACUACUCCAAGUACAGCAGAACCAACUAUACCAAGAUCAACAGGCUGUGUCCAUAGGGUGUGCUCUUGGACACAAUGGUAUGAUGUCAGUCACCCAAACUAUGGAACAAAUGAUGGGGACUAUGAAACACCAGAAAACAUAAGAGCCCAUGGAUAUGAUCUUUGUAAAAUGCCAGAUAAUGUAGAAUGCAGACCUCAGACGUCUCUUGAGGAAAAGCUGGAAUCCAUUAAUCAAACAUUAAAGUGCACCAAAGAAAGUGGCUUGAUCUGUAAUAACAGAGAACAGAACCCACCAAUCUGCUAUAAUUAUGAAAUCAGAUUCCUGUGUUGUCAAUAUACACCAUGCACAGAAACUACAAACACACCCACGACAAAAUUGAUGCAAACAUCAAGGGAAGCCACCACUACCAUUUGUCAGCCCAUCUGCCAGUGGACCCCGUGGUUUGAUACUAAGGAACCAACCAAUGCGACGGACGACGGGGACGUCGAGAACCUCGAAAGGAUUCGUGCUGCUGGAGGAGAGGUGUGCAACAGCCCACGAGACAUCGAGUGCCGGUCAGUGAAGUAUCCUGAUCUGGGCAUUUCUUUCUUGAAGCAGAACGUUGUGUGCAAUCUCGGCAUUGGCCUGCUGUGUAGGAACGUCGAACAGUCAGGGGACAUUCCCAUGUGCCUCAACUACAAGAUCAGAUUCUCCUGCUGCGAUGAUAGUCAUUGUCUCCCGACCACAACAGGGACAGGCCCAACAACGGCUGUCACCACAACUCGACCGAGAAGCACCCCAGGGGUGGUCACUACCCCACCAUUGUCCACGGGCUCAACGGCACCUCCCCCCAUGGAGACAACCACGAGGAGGUCCACAGUGGUAUCAACGACACCGGGGGAAACCACGGUGGUGUCAACGACACUGAGGGGAACCACGCAACAAGAGACCAGCACGACCAUAGCUCCUCCGCCAUCCACCGUCUCAGUCACUCCCACGAGAGGGGUGGGUACGACUUUCGUCAGUACCGGGACGGCCCCCAAAGUCUCCACCACGUCUCUGCCCUCCACCCCUGUACCCGGAUCACCGACAACGAUAGCAAUCACGGGCACUAUAGCACAGACUCCUGGGAUCAUAGUCAACACAACAAGCACUAUUGCUCCCUCCCCUUCCACAGCAUGGCAAGGUACUUCUACUGCGUGCCGUCCUAAGUGUGAGUGGACUCCUUGGUUCGAUACUCAUCAUCCCACCGAUGAUUUAGAUGAUGGUGACUUCGAAACCUAUGAACGGAUCCAUGCCGCUGGAGGAGAGGUGUGCGACAGCCCACUAGACAUCGAAUGCCGUUCUGAGGAGUACCCUGACAUCAAAAUUUCUCACCUGGGCCAGAAACUCGAGUGCGAUAUUGGCAUUGGGCUGAUCUGUAAGAACACAGAGCAGUCAGUGAAGAUCCCCACAUGCUACAAUUAUCAGGUCAGAUUCCAGUGCUGUGAUGACAGCCAUUGCCAUUCGACACCUCCCUCAAUUACAACAACCACGCAAGGGAGCACACGCCUUUCUACAACCCUCGGUGUUAGAACUGAACAACAAACAACUACAGUCCAUACCGCUCCACUUAUUUCAGUCACAAUACCAACCAUGAGUUCAGUCUCUCCUCAGUUUGUGUCGACUUCAACUUUUUCGAUAGCACCUAGUACAACAUCGAGUACUUCUACUAUACAUUCCACAAUAGGAACAGCUGCUGUCACUUUAAGUCAAACCACUCCAUGUUUCUGCCAUGUAUCUGGUGCUACUGAUUCUUUGUUUUCUCCUGGGGAACUAAUAUACAAUAAAACUGAUAGCUCUGGGUGCAGUUUUUAUGCAGUUUGCAACAAGCACUGUGAAGUUGAAAGGACCCAGGGACCAUGUCCUUCUACAACUUCCCGCCCAUCAACAUUAUCAGCUACAACUGCAGGAACAUCAUCUACUCAGAAACCCACAGUUUCUGCUCCCCCAACUGAACAAAGCACUUCUUUGCCUGUACCAACUGCAAGAACAACUCCUGUACCAGGUUGCCCCGAUGUUGAUCCACCUAGAAAGACAAAUGAAACAUGGAUGUUAAGCAACUGCUCUAUGGCAACUUGUGAAGGAAACAAUAGAAUUCAUGUAGUGUCUCAAACAUCAGCAGAAAAGAUAGAAUGUGCAAAUGGCAUCUCACCAAUAAUACUACACGAUAAGGAUGGCUGUCCGCGCUAUGAGUGUGAAUGUAUUUGCACAGGUUGGGACAACUCUAACUAUAAGACCUUUGAUGGCACUUCUUACACAUUCAGUGGCAAUUGCACUUAUGUCCUAGUGAAAGAGAUUGUGAAUAAACAUGGCAACUUCAGUGUUUUGGUUAAUAAUUACCUCUGUGAUACAGCUAAUAAUCAGUCCUGCUCCAGAUCUAUCAUUGUAAAUUACAACUCAGUAGAAGUAGUGCUAAGCAGUCAAAUAAAGAACGGAGUGAAAGAUAACCAGAUUCUUUUCAACAAUGAACCAGUCAGUGGCAGUUUCACCAAGGAUGGCAUUCUGGUUAUCAGUGGACAUGGUUACAUGGCUGUUGAAAUCCUUGCCAUCCAGGCUUCCAUUUUCUUCAAUGGGCAUGGCUUUACCAUAAAACUCCCAUUUGGGCUGUUUGAAUACAACACAGAAGGGCAAUGUGGGCUGUGUUCAAAUGAUCGGUCGGAUGAUUGCCGCUUGCCUAGUGGUCAUGAAGCCUCCUCGUGUGCAGACAUGGCUACCCACUGGAAGAUUAAUGAUCCAAAAGAUGGUUCCUGUGAAGAGCCCCCACUGGUCCCACCAACCCUCUGCCCUACUCCCAACCCUCUGUGUGAACUGAUUUUGAGCAGUCUCUUUGAAGAAUGUCAUAAAAUUCUGCCUCCAAAAACAUUCUAUGACAACUGCCUCCUGGAAGCUUGUGACAAUUCCAGCAAUACCCUGAAUUGUGACUACAUACAGACAUAUGCUUCGCUCUGCACAGCUAAAGGUGUUUGUAUUGACUGGAGGAACAGAACCCAGGGAAAAUGCUCAUAUGAUUGCCCCGAAGGCAAGGUGUACGAUGCAUGUGGUCCUAGUCAGCCUGCCACCUGUGACAAUGGACAAAAGGAUAUUAGUGAGCAUGUAGCUGAAGGAUGCUUUUGCCCAAAGGAAAAGAUCCUGUUCAACUCCUACACAGACAUGUGUGUUCCAGAAUGUGGUUGUGUGGGACCAGAUGGAUUGCCCAAAGCACCUGGAACCAAAUGGAAGAGCAACUGCAACGAGUGUCUCUGUGACCCACUGUCUCUCAGUGUGCAGUGCAAGCCACAGACUUGCGGGAAACCAGAGCGACCGGUUUGUGAGAAAGAAGGGUUCAUGGCUCUCCCUGUGCCGAAACCAGAAGAUCCGUGCUGUCCAGAGAUUCGGUGCAUAUGCAAUACUAGUGCCUGCUCCAAUGAGAAGAAAUCAUGUGAACCUGGGUACAGGUUAGCCGCUGUCCUGUUUGAAGGAGACUGCUGUGUCACUUUCUUUUGUGAACAAAUCCCAGACAUCUGUGUGGUCAAUGGAACACUUUACACAUCUGGAAUGACCAUUCCUAGCAAUUCUUGUGAAACGUGCACCUGCAGCUCAAAAUUAGAUGCAGCAUCAAAGAAAAUUUGGUUUGUGGAAUGCAAACCAAUUGCAUGCAAUGAAACCUGUCCAGAGGGUUACCAGUACCAGGUAAAGGCUGGAGAGUGUUGUGGAACCUGUGUCCAGGUGGCUUGCAUAAUUCAACUCAAUGGCACCACCGAAGUGUUCAAGGACGCGGUUGAAAAAACUCCUGAUGGCUGCUGUACAGUAUGCAAACCGCCAGAAAAUUGCCAGGUUCGAAAGAAUCACACUUUUAUCCAUCAAAAUGAGUGCAUAUCUUCUGAUCUUGUAGAACUGUCCUACUGUGAAGGAGCCUGUCCCAGUUCUUCAGUGUAUUCCACUGAGACAAAAGCAAUGCAGCUCAACUGUAGCUGCUGCCAGGAACUCAAGAGCCACAGGAGAGAGGUGACCUUGACAUGCCAGGAUGGCAAAAGCAUCAAUUAUGACUAUAUCUACGUGGAGAAGUGUCAGUGUGGGAUUGCAUGCACCCCGCAAAGCACAGUUAUCUAG